AUGCUGGCCAACUUCUUAUCGACAAGAAAGUCCAUCUCCUCGGGGCUCUGUGAGACUCAGAUGUACGUCACCCUGUUCUUGGGGGCGGCUGAGUGCAUCUUCCUAGCCGUGAUGGCGUUCGACCGCUACGUCGCCAUCUGCCACCCUUUGCGCUACGCCGUCCUCAUGAGCAAACGAGUCUGUGUUGGUAUGGCUGCUGGCUCGUGGAUCAUCACCUUCCUCGGCUCGGUGGUUCCUCUCUACGUGUUGAAGCUCCCGUUCUGCGACUCCAACGUAAUCGACCAUUACUUCUGCGAAGUCCCGGCCAUGCUCGAGUUGGUGUGCGUCGACACGACCGCGAGCGAGAGCGCAUUGCAGCUGGGUGGGGUCGCAUCUGAGAUAUUCCCUUUUGUCCUCAUCCUUCUCUCGUACAUCCGCAUCAUCAUCGCCAUCUUGCGCAUCGCCUCCGCCGACGGCAGGAGGAAAGCUUUCUCCACGUGCUCAGCCCACCUGACGGUGGUCACCAUUUUCUACACCACCGCCAUGCUCAUGUACAUGAGGACAAAGGAGCAGCGCACGCCACAGCAGGAUAAAGUGAUCUCGGUCUUCUACACCGUCAUAAACCCCAUGCUCAACCCAAUCAUCUACAGCCUGCGCAACAGUGAGGUGAAAGGGGCUUUUAUGAAAGCCCUGGGACGAAGCAAAAUGGCCCAGCCCUAA